CUCUUUUGGGCCCAGUUUUCUCUCUCGCUAAUCUUAUCCUUCUUUAGUGGGUGGAGCGUAGCUGUCAAAAUUAAAGCGAAACGUAUUCCAUUAAAACACCGCAAAAAGUCUUUUUUUCAGUUUAAUCUUCAUUGGUAAAAGGGUUUGUUCUUAUCGAUAGCAAGCGGAGGAAGACUUUCCCAGAUUUCUUCUCAGAUCUUCACUGCUGUUUAUCAACAUGUCUCAUGCAAUGGAUAAAGCGAUGAUGGCUUUGUCCCUGGAAGAAGAAGAUGAGCCGUUCGUGAUGCCAGAUCUCCCUCAAUUCCGAUCCCAUGAAAGAAACGCACGGAGCCUAAUUGGAAGAAUCCUUAAUCCAGAUUGUCAGAAGAUGGCGAGCUUGAUACAUGAUAUGCCAAGGAAGUGGCAGAAGCAAGGAAGAGUCAGAGGUGUAGCUUUAUCCAAAGAACGCUUCCAGUUCAUCUUUGAUCAUGAACAUGAUCUCCUUGAUGUUCUUGAUAAAGGAGUGCACACUUUUAAUGAUUGGACGUUGGCAAUUGAUCGAUGGGUAGAGAAUCCUCCGGAGGAUUAUCUCCAAUACAUAAACAUAUGGGUCCAAAUUAGAAAUAUUCCGGUGAAUCAUUAUACAUCGGAAGCAAUCACAGCUCUCGGUGAGAUCGUUGGAGAAGUAAAGGUCGUAGCUUUUGAUCCAGACAAGCCACAAGUUCAAGACUACGUUAGAGUUCAAGUGAGGUUCAAUGUUUCACGACCGUUGCGGAAGUCGAAGGUCAUUGAUCUCAAAGACGGAGGAUCUACGGUGAUAUAUUUUAACUAUGAAAGAGUGCAGAAAAGAUGCUACGAAUGUCAGAGGCUAAUUCAUGAGAAAGAUGUGUGUCCGCUGCUGAUUAAGAAGAGAAAAGACGUGGAGCUACUUAGAAGGCAGAGAGGUCUUCAGGAGAAUAUGGAGAGUGAAAUGUUCCUGAAGUCGGACGAUCCUCUGUUUGGAGUCUUAAGCGAAGACCAGGUGGGUAUCUGCAAGUCAAAUGGGAGAAGGAAAAUCAAUCAGGAGGUUUUAGAUGAAAUGAGAAGGUACCUAUUGGUGGCUAACGAAGAAGAUAAGCUGGUCCGCAUAGACAGGGUUCGUUCCUCUGUAGCGGAGGUGGAGAAAGAUCCGAUAAAAAGAAAAACGGUGCUGCGUCUAGAAGCUGAACCGGCGAUCACAAAGCAGUUGGAUAAAGGGAAAGGAAGAGUUUUUGACCUUGAUUUGAAUAAACCAGUAGUACCCAAAAUGGGUGAGUGCAACGAAGGAAAUAAGCUUCUAGCCUCAUCUAUGAAAGCCCUCAGGAGGGAAAGACCAUUACAGCAGCUUCAAGACCUCAGAAUAAGCCAAGCGGUGUUAAGCAAUGAUCAGGGUGUUCCAGGAGUUUCUGCUUCGAGCUCCAGGCCUAAUGCGGUGAUUGAAUCUUUUGCUGGAAGGGGUAAUCUUCUUUCUUUCAAUGCCAACUCUACGGAACAUGACACUGGUUACAAUGUAACUAAGUCAUCCGGUGUGGUAAAGAAAGCAUCAAACUCUCGCAGAAGACCCUGCUUAAAAAAGAGACAAGAGCAAAAGGGUUCAGCACCUAGCAUUCUUCAUGAGCUGUAUGGUACACAAGAAGAAGUAACAAAGGCAGGUUCCAAGAGGAAGGGAGUGACUGGUGAGGAGGAAGGGUAUAAAAACACGAGGCGUAAAGAAUCAAGGGUGAUCCCGAAUGAGGGAUCGCCGAAGUUAAGAUAAGCAUCUUGAGCUGGAAUUGCCGGGGCUUGGGGCGGCCUCAAGACCUGACGAUUCCUCGGUUACGGGAAAUGCGUAAAAAAUAUUUCCCCGAUGUCCUUUUUCUUAUGGAAACUAUGCACAGUCGUAAUGUCUUAGUAGAUUUGCAAGUUUGGCUUGGGUACCAUCGGGUUUUCACGGUUGAUCCUGUUGGUCAUGCGGGGGGCUUAGCUAUAUUUUCAAAGAAGUCUGUAAAUAUCAAGGUCUUGUUUGUAGAUAUGAACCUAGUAGACUGUAUCUUUCAGUUUGGUAAUAUAUCUUUUUUUGCUUCUUGUGUAUAUGGUCCCUCUGGGUGGAGAAGACGGGUAGACUUAUGGGAACGUCUUAGUAGAAUUGGGGUAAAUAGAAAGGAUAGUUGGUGUGUCGUUGGUGACUUCAAUGAUAUUAUGCAUAAUGGAGAAAAGAUUGGAGGAGUGUGGCGCUCUGAUGACUCCUUCG